UCGAGACAUUAAUUGAAUUCGCGUGGUUUGUAUUGUGUGUCUGGUUCUUGGGCAGUACCUGGUUGGAGUCGAUUCUCACUUGAAAUCGCUCUGUUGUGUCCUCAGUCCUCCUGUGACCAAAACCAACCUGAAAUGAAAUUUAACUACAGCCACAACCACCGCCACCGCCACCGCCACCGCCACCGCCACCGCCACCGCCAGUAACAACCACCAACUACUACACUACAGUUUUCCAAGUGGAGCUGUUGGUUUUCUUCGUCUGAUUUCCUCGUUCCUUGCUCAUGGUUGAAGAGUGAGAAGAUUUUGUGAAGUCAUUGCAUUGUCCAUAUAAAGUGCUUUAUGGUAUCUAAAACUUGUCUUUCAGUAUAUGUGAAUACCUAAUUCUUAUCAUAUAGUAAGUGGCACAAAUCUUUUAGUCAUUAUGCAUGUCUGGCCCUGUGGUACCUGUUGAUAAUGCUACAGGGGCACUUUCAUGUGCAGAAAGAACUAGAUCUCUUGAUGCUAUUUCAAUAGGUGACAAAGACCAUAUUUCCAAUGGGCAAGUUUCUCAUGCAUCUUUUGAAACCAUUGGCUUUAGAGUUGGUGAGCUCUUACUUCCUAAUGGAGAAUCAUAUUCUGGGUCCUUGCUGGGUAACAUGCCAGAAGGUUCGGGGAAGUAUGUAUGGGCAGAUGGUUGUGUAUAUGAGGGUGAAUGGAGAAGGGGGAUGAGGAAUGGAGUUGGGAAUAUCCAAUGGCCUUCAGGAGCUGUUUAUGAUGGUGAAUUUUCUGGUGGUUAUAUGCAUGGUACAGGAACAUAUUCUGGACCUGAUAACAUUAUCUAUAAGGGACGUUGGCGGUUGAACCUUAAACAUGGGUUAGGAUGUCAGACUUAUCCCAAUGGAGAUGUUUUUGAAGGGUCCUGGAUCCAGGGAGUUAUAGAAGGGCCCGGUAAGUAUGUCUGGGCUAAUGGAAAUGUUUAUCUGGGCAACAUGAAAGGGGGUAAAAUGUCUGGAAAAGGAACUCUUACUUGGACAAAUGGGGAUUCAUUUGAAGGAAACUGGUUGGAUGGUAUGAUGCAUGGAUUUGGCAUAUAUGCAUGGAGUGAUGGUGGUUGCUAUGUUGGAACUUGGACAAGGGGUUUGAAGGAUGGAACUGGAGCUUUCUACCCAAAAGGUAAUAGAUUUCCAGCUGUACAAGAACUUUACCUCAAUGCUCUCAGAAAAAGAGGGCUAUUGCCAGAUCUGAGAAAGCAAAAUCAUCACUCACACAUCCGUCAUGCUUCUUCUGUGGAUAUGGGGAAUGUCAAAGUAAGCAGUAAUCAGGGGUCACGUCGUGGUUCAUAUGAUAAACUCUCCAAAGGAAACCUUAUAAAUUUUGAGCAAUCUCGCUCCAGAAAUUAUUCCUUGGAAAGACGUUGGAGUCUUGAGGUAUCUAUUGAAAAAGUUAUUGGACAUGAUUUGUCAUUGAGUUCAGGAGAAUCUACUUUAGAAGGUGAUGAGAAAGAUACCAAAAUGAGUGCUCCAAUCCUAGAGCGAGAAUACAUGCAGGGAGUUCUUAUCAGUGAGGUUGUACUGAACAAUUUUUCAUCAUCAUCCAGAAGGGCAAGAAGGCGGCAGAAGAAACUUGCAAAAGAGGUCAAAAGGCCUGGUGAAACAAUUAUUAAAGGUCACAGGAGUUAUGAUCUGAUGCUCAGCUUGCAGCUCGGGAUUAGGUACACUGUUGGGAAAAUAACACCAAUACAAAGGCGAGAAGUUCGCACAUCAGACUUUGGUCCACGUGCAAGCUUUUGGAUGAACUUUCCCAAGGAAGGAUCUCAAUUAACACCUCCUCACCAAUCAGAGGAUUUCAAGUGGAAAGACUAUUGUCCAAUGGUUUUCAGAAACUUGAGGGAGCUGUUCAAGAUUGAUGCUGCAGACUAUAUGAUGUCCAUUUGUGGAAAUGAUGCUCUUAGGGAGCUUUCUUCUCCUGGAAAAAGUGGUAGUGUCUUUUUCCUCUCUCAAGAUGAUCGAUUUAUGAUCAAGACCCUCCGCAAAUCUGAAGUAAAGGUUCUCCUGAGGAUGCUUCCAGAUUAUCAUCAUCAUGUGCGCACAUAUGAGAAUACACUCAUAACUAAAUUUUUUGGCCUUCACAGGAUUAAACCAUCAAGUGGACAAAAGUUUCGCUUUGUAGUAAUGGGCAACAUGUUCUGCACAGAGUUAAGGAUUCAUCGAAGAUUUGAUUUGAAAGGUUCCUCCUUGGGGCGGUCUUCAGAGAAUAUUGAAAUUGAUGAGAAUACAACACUCAAAGAUCUGGACUUAAACUUUUGUUUUUAUUUGGAACCCUCCUGGCGAGAGUCUCUGUUACAGCAGAUAGAGAUUGAUAGUAGAUUUCUAGAAACACAAAACAUAAUGGAUUACAGCCUUUUGUUGGGUGUUCAUUAUCGAGCUCCCCAACAUUUGCUAUCCCUUGUAUCUUACCAACGAAGUUUGUCAGCAGAUGGAUUGGGGAUUGUUGCAGAAGAAGAUGUUCAAGAAGAUGAAAUUUCCAACUACCCUCAGAGCCUUGUUUUGAUACCACGUGGAACUGAUGAUGGGAGUGUUGUUGUGGGCCCUCACAUUAGGGGUAGCCGGUUAAGAGCAUCAGCUGCUGGCUAUGAGGAAGUGGAUCUCCUACUUCCAGGCACAGCAAGGUUGCAGAUUCAGCUUGGAGUGAACAUGCCUGCUAGAGCAGAGCGUAUUCCAACAGAAGGGAAACCAGAUUUUGGUGAAGUAUAUGAUGUUGUUCUUUAUCUGGGCAUUAUUGAUAUAUUGCAGGAGUACAACAUGAGCAAGAAGAUUGAGCACGCUUACAAAUCCAUCCAGUUUGAUUCCUUGUCCAUAUCGGCUGUGGACCCUAUAUUCUAUUCCCGGCGCUUCUUGGAAUUCAUUCAGAAAGUGUUCCCUUCAAAUUCUUGAUCCAUGAAUUUUUCUAUCUAGUUAUGUUGGUGCUCAGAAUGCCCCAACUGCUGCAUGUACCACUUUCUGUUCAUGUGAUUAAUUUUAGCCAUAUAGACCUAUGGCAUGCGGAAAAAAGAAAGCAGUUUUUUUCCCCUAGAAAUUUUAACGAAAACUACCACAUUUAGUUUUUUCAGACAAUGCCUGAUAUUUGGUCACGAGUUUUUCUGAAAAAACAUUUUCUCGGACCAUAUCUUGGAAAUCUAGAAAGGUGUAGUAUGAGAGGAUACCCUUAAAAUGCCUGUGGGAGCAACUGCAAUGGUCCCAAAUAAUAAAAAAAAAAAGAAAAAAAAUAACAUUUUGUGAGAGUAACAUGUCAAUGCAGGCACCAUUUUCAAGGUCA